UCAACAAAACGAAAACGAAAAUAUUCGACUGUAUUGUUUUUCGCAAUAGUUCAAUAAUUAUUAUAUUUUUGUUUGUGUUGAAUGUAAUGGUUUGAAGAUGAAUGUAACGCUAGUGAGCUUGGAGGCAUUACUAUUAAAAGCUACGCACGAAUCCCUGCCAUGUCCGGACAAUCCAGCAUUGGAGGCAUUCUGCAGUGUGAUGCGGGACUCCUCAGAGGGCCCGCAGUUGGCAGCUCAGACUCUAUCAAAUCGCAUCCACACACAAAACGCCCGAGAGGCACUGCUAGCGCUCUCAACCGUAGACCGCUGCAUGCGCAAAUGCGGACCGGCUUUUCAUGCGGAAAUUGGUAAAUUUAGGUUCCUGAAUGAAAUGAUAAAACUAGUGUCGCCUAAAUACUUUGCUAAUAGGACAGCACCUGAAGUUCAAACUAAGGUACUCCAGCUACUUCAUGCGUGGUCAAUUGAAUACCCAAAAGAAUCUAAAUUUAAGGUGGCGUAUGAAAUGUUGAAAAACCAAGGGGUGGUAAAAGAGACCCCUCCACCCCUGCCCCCGGAAGAUGUGGUGGUUAGCCCUCGGAAUAAGAAUGCCAUAUUUGAGAAUGAGGAGAAAUCUAAGCUGCUACAGAAGCUGCUGCAGAGCAAGAAGCCUGAGGAUUUACAGCAUGCUAAUAGGCUCAUUAAGAGUAUGGUCAGAGAAGAGGAGCGUCGCACCGAGGCGAGCUUCCGUCGCGCUCACGAAGUGGCGUGCGCGCUGGACAGCGCCGGACUGCUGCGGGACAUGCUCCGGCACGCUAACGCCGCCACGCCCGACGAGUUACAGCUCAUCCGCGAGCUGUUCGCGCGCUGCGCCCGCCUGCGGCCGACGCUGCAGCGCCUCGCGGCAGCCACUACUAGCCAGGACAACCUGGAUGACAUACUAAGUUCAAUUGAUCUCUUAGACGAAGUGGGCGAGCAAUACAAGCAAUGCAUGCAGCAACAAACCAAAAAAGAACCAGACGACAAGCCCACCAAUGACAGUCUACUAGACUUCGCCGGGGCUCCAACAGAUGAUAAGCCCAAUAUAGUCCAAAGCCCGGCUAUAGAUGAGCUCGGAGAUAUAUUUUCUGCCAAAGAUGGACCCAGUAAUAUCGUCGAGCCGUUGAAACCAGUGAAUCUUAUGUCUAAUGGGAAGGAAAGUGACGACGUCGAUCUCGUAGAGAAACCCGCCAAAACGGAAGGAUGGAACGAACUGGACUCGCUCGGAGCGCAACUCCUUCGACAGUCGUUACCCGACAGCGCGAAACGAGUUGACAAUUUUAACAGUAAACCAGUGAAAAAGGUCCCAAUGAACGAAUUAGAAAAGCUCUCACCAAAGCAAAGCGAAUUACCAAAGAACGGCGUUUUCGACUUAGACUUCUUUACCAAAAAACCUGAAAACAAACCCAGUCCUAUAGAAAUCAAAAAUAGCACAGAAAACCAACCUAUAAGUCCUAAUGACGAUGUUAUGGUAGAUAUAUCAGAGACUGCUUGUGCUCAAGUAGAAAUUAAGAAACCACAUGAAUUAAAGAGUCCAGUAACUAAAGAUACAAUGACGGUAGAGCCGUUAACAGAUGUAUACGUAGAUUUGGGGAGUGUCACACCGAGUCAGGUGCCUUCGAUGGUGGCGUAUAAAGAGGAUGCCGGAGUGACGGUGACUUUGGAGUUCUGUAAAGACAAGCCGAGGAGAGACGUUAGUGUGGUUGUGGUGGUGACUACCAAUAACAGCCAUCAUGAGUUUGAGGAUUAUAAGUUCCAGCCUGUGGUGCCAAAGGGUUGCAAGGUCCGCCUCCUCCAACCCACCGGCACGUCUCUGCCCCGCUACAACCCGUACGAGACGCCAUCUUUAAAACAAGUCAUGCUGAUCGCUCGCCCCGCCUCCAACCCGCCCGUCAACCUCAAGUUCGUCAUCACCUACUCUUCUCAGGAUGAGCCCUGCUCCGAGAUCGGCGAGGUCGCUAGGUUGCCACUUGACGAGAUAUAAUAGUUUCGGUCUUUAUAUAAACUAGGGAC